AUGAACCUCAACCUACCACUGCGAAACACAACUACCAGUCGCAGGAACCAGGAUAGCAGGAAUUACUUCACAAGUUAUACACCACCAAGCUCUACUGAGGCGAUCAAUGGGCCGGUGAGAGAGCAGCGCGAGCCGGUGCCUGUUAGCGAUCGCUUGAUUGUGGGGGUGGAUUUUGGUACGACAUUUUCUGGAGUUGCGGCUGUUUACACUUCUACCCCUGACGACAUCGAAAUCAUCAAAACAUGGCCUGGUGGCAACGGCAUCACGUCCGACAAGGUGCCCACAGAGGUUGCCUACGACUUUCCUGCCAAUGCUCCUCCCGAAGCAGACCCAACAAUAAAAUGGGGAUUCCAAUUUCGCCCAGAGGAAUCUCGUCUACGCUGUAUCAAACUGUUCCUUGACCGGUCCCAAAAGCUUCCUUUUUAUGUCAGCCCCCUAGACACCGCAGCACAAUUAAAACGCUUCAACAAGAAUGUUGUUGAUGCUGUGAGCGACUACUUGACCCAAAUCUACAAGCACACCAUGGACACACUUACUCGGCGAUAUGGCGAGUCAUUCAUGGUGUCAACAAAGGUUGAGUUUGUUCUUACCUGCCCAGCAGUCUGGAGUGAUGCCGCCAAGAAUACGACGCUGUUGGCUGCUGAGCGUGCUGGAAUGGGUAGCCGCUCUGACAUUCAGAUGAUUAGCGAACCGGAAGCGGCUGCUGUGUAUACGCUGAAAGCCAUACAGCCGAACCAUCUGAAUGUUGGGGACAACUUUAUCGUUUGUGAUGCAGGAGGUGGCACCGUUGACUUGAUUGCAUACAAAAUCAUGUCGCUGAAGCCCCUACGAGUGGAAGAGUCUGCUGUAGGUACAGGUGGAUUGUGCGGUAGCGCAUUUCUCAACUAUAGGUUCGAAGAGCACGUCAGAAACCGACUUGGACAAGCGCGCUUCGAUGAGAUGAAGGCCAAAAAGGGAAGGAGUUGGCAGAUGGGAUUGAAGUACUUUGAAGAGUUUGUGAAGCGCAACUUCAACGAAGACGAGUACCAAGAAAUUAACGUUCCCUUUCCUGGCUUAACAGACGAUGAAGAAGCCGGUCUCGACGAUGGCUUUAUGGUUAUGAGUGCUGAGCAAGUCAAGGAUAUCUUUGAGCCAGUGGUGAAGGAAGUAUGUGACCUGGUACAAGGCCAAGUAGAAGGACUCCGAGCAAAGGGCGGUAUUGUCUCCGGCAUUGUCCUUGUUGGUGGCUUCGGCCAGAGUGACUACUUAUAUCGACGACUAAAAGCGCAUUUCACAAGCGCAGCACCUCCCCCAUACAGCGAACGGCCGACUCAUGCGAAUGCUAAUGCGACGGAAGGAAAUGGCUCGAUAGAGGUCAUGCAGCCUGUGUAUGCUUGGACUGCCGUUGUUCGCGGCGCGGUUUUAAGAGGCCUGGAGGGAAACAUGGUAAUUUCGCGAAAGUCAAGAAUGCACUACGGCACCUCUUACGCGACGGUAUACGAUGAGGAGAAGCACUCUGUCAGCGAACGAUACUGGUCACCUCUGUGGGAACGUUGGAUGGUUUCAGACCGGAUGCAAUGGCACAUUGCCAAGGGCGAAGCUCUGUCGCCCCUGUCCCCAAUAGCAUUUCACUACACGCGGAAUUUCCGCCCGGGACAGUCCUUAAUUGUUACGGACGACUUGAUAGCCUGCGAUGCCGAUGAGCCACCAGCAGCGUAUACGCGGGACCUGAUUAACGUGUGUACUCUGACGACGGACUUGAAUGCGGUUCCAAGAAGUCUGUUUACUCGUCUGACCACAACAAGGGGGGUUGAGUUUGACAAUCUUGACUUCACUCUGGAAAUGAUUGUGGACAGUGCGGGCUUGGGGUUUGAACUGAAAGUUGACGGGGUGAGGUAUGGGCGGGUAGAGGCAGAGUUUCAUCAGGACUAG